AUGCUUCAGCUAGACCUGAUUGAUGCUACUGGGGACACCCCAGGCGACGAAGGGACGGCUCCUGAGCCCAUCAAGAAGGAGCCCCCGCCAGUGACCAUGGACACCUACAGACCCAAGCGGCCCACGACGCUCAAUCUCUUCCCACAGGUGCCUCGGACGCAGGUGAGUCCCUCAAGCGAGAAAGGGGGUGAGGUGGGUAGGAGGGCAGGAGAGGGCAGGGCAGGAAUAAGACAAGCACUGUGUCUUAGAUCUGAAUAAACAUGUUUUGGAUUGCUCUGUGAUCGUUCCCAGUCAUUAUCAAGCAGAAGAGGAAAGCUGAUAGUUUCCCCCUGCAGAAAUAAGUCAGUGUCUGCAAAGCAAAGAAAGCAUGUUCACCUCCCUGAACUCAAACCUCACAUUUCCCCCCCCCCCAUAGUUGUGUUGCUUAUGGGCAAGAAUGUGCUCUAAUUGGUGGGGAAAGCUGCCAGAGAGCCUUUGGGGUGUCUUGGAGCUCUGCAUGCUUUAUCUUUCCAUAAAGAUUGUGAGAGUCAGUGGUAGAUUCUGGGAUUAGAAGGUGGCAGGGGUGGGGAGACUGGGUUUCAGUGCUUUAUUUCUGAAUUGAGAUGUUCUGGGGCUCAAACCACUGUAGAUGUUAUAGUCUUUAAGUAGGAAAUGCUGCUGUACAAUCCCAAGAUUGUGUGGUGUGUGCACAUGUGUGUGGGGAGGGGGGGAACCUGUUAUCUGUGAGAGGAAUGUACUCUGAACAUGCUCAGAGUUUAACAUUAUUUCUGUUCAAAAUAUGUUCUGAGUCUGAUAGCCAACAGACUGUGGAUUAGAAUAAGUUUUAAUGAGUUAAGAAGGCAGGGAAUCCAUUUUGGAAUGGACACCGUUUUGGGGAAGCGAGAAUUACCUCCCCAGAAAUGAGACCAUAGGGAUAACAUGCUGGAAGUGGUUAAUCCCUUUACCGGGAGACGUUUGGCUGGGAUAACAGCUCUGCUGAUGAAGGGAGGCUGUGUGCAGUGUUUGUGUGUGCAAGAGGGUGUGGGUGGAAAGAAAGGAACAGCUCAUUCUCCUGCAUUCUCAGUGGGGCUUACUCCGAGGUAAGGAAGUUAACACUUCCAUAUCCUUUUGCCUGGGAAGUAUCAAACCAUUCCACAACAUCUCUUCUGUGCAUUCCCGUCCUCAAAUGAGUCACGCAAAUGAUAAAUGCCAAGUUUCCUCUAGAAAUUCUUGGCAUGUAUACUGGUGCCUUGUUGUUUAAUUUAUCCUGCGUCGAAAUGGUUUAUAAUGCAUUCGGUCCAUGGUGAUCUUCUCUUCUGUUGAAUGGCUAUAGAAUGGUGCAUUGUUUUGUGCCUAAGGAAUGAAGCUCUAAAAAGCACCAAGAUUCUGGACUUGGCCCAGAGAAUUGUGAGGCCAUCUUUGGCCACGCCAGAGUUGUCUGUAACCUGUUGCGCCCUAGGAACCAUUGUCAGGAAAGAUAUACCCCCUGAACAAGAUUAGACGCCUACCUGGGGAUACUGGUCAGAAUAACUUAGUAUUAGUUCAAAGGGGAUUUGCUCAGAAAAGAACAAUGUGGGCACAGAAGAACCAAAAUUACAGAGGGGCAGCCAUGUUAAUCUGUUAAAGUAAACACAAAGAAUCCUGCAGCACCUUAAGGACUAAUGGAAUUAUAGUAGCAUUAGCAGACUGUACCACACUUCAUUACAUUAAAGGAAACAAAAUAUUCCAGUUAGCUCUGAUGGCUAGAUCAUGGUGCUGAUAAUGCCAAGGCUGUGGGUUUGAUCCCCAUAAAGGCCACCUGCAUGUUUCUGCAUUGUAGAGGGUUGGACUAGAUGGCCCUUGGGGUCCCUUCCAACUAUGAUUCGAUGGUGGUGUAAGGAAGAGCACUUACGGUGGGAAGCAAUUUUACCAGGAAGUGGGAAGAGAACUUGCUGAAAGUAUUCAAAAGGGAGCAUUUAUUAGAAGUAACAGGAAAUGUGUGAGCAAUCCAUUUUGGCUAUGUAGCAUGAUACUGGAAAGAGUUUUUAACUGCCCUAUAUCUGCAGCACCCCUCCUCCAUCCGGGAGCAGGAGUGUAGAUUUCAGCGCUCCGUGCUGUAACUGUUCGCAGGCUAGCCACCUGCAAUCUCUUUAUCUGCCUCUCUGUUGUUUAGUCUAUAGAGCAAGUAGGGUUCCACAUGCAACAAGAGACUAUUUUUAAUCGUAUGCUGUUCUGGGAUAUUGGCUCCACUUACUAUAUAAGAAGAUUUUCACAGUGACGUUAGCAAUGGAGAGUGCACCGAAAGGCAGGUGCUGCUCUGUGCAGCAGAUGGUGAAGACUCCAUGUCUCUCUCUCUGUGUGUGUGUGUGUGUGUGUGUGUGUGUGUGUGUAGGUGGGGGCUGGGAAUUGGUACCAUUAUGCAAUUGACAAUAGAGGCUAUUAAAGCUCCAGCUGAAGAGCUGAAUGGCUUGGGCUGGAGAAAAAGGGGACAAGGAUAGAGCCCUCUUACCCAGCUUGGCCAUACUGGCUGGGGCUGAUGGGACUUGUAGUCCAGAAUACCUGGAAAGUACCAGGUGGGCCAAAGCCGCUCUCAUCAUAGCUGCGCCUCCAACUUCUAUAGGAGAGUAAAAUUGGAAAACACCUACUGUCAUAGUCUCAUGCACGCUGCAACAUUCCCUCUGGUGCCCAGGACCAUGUGUAACUCGGCUGUACCCUGAAAUUUCUGCAAGAGAUACCCCAUUUGUUGGCUUUAGCACUCAGUGCCAGCAGUUUUGAGCUCUGUCUUAGAACCAAACAAGAUGAGAUUGAAGAAUAGCCGUGUUUGAAUUUUCACAGCAGAUGCACCUGCAGAGACAGCCAUUAUGAUGAGGACCACAAUCCUUGAGCAGGACCUACUGGGAAAGGUGUCCUAACAAGUAUUGAUAGUAUACAGGCACCCAGUGCAAUUCCCAAAGAAUAGUUGUAAUACGUCUCCACUUUGGGAUCCCAUACAGCAGCUGAGCUGUUGCAUUUUGCACUAUCUGCAGCUUCUGGACACUCUUCGAGGGCAGCCCCGUGUUGAGGGCAUUGAAGUAAUUCAGUCAGGAGUCUAUCAGAGCAUGAAUAACGGUAGCUACCGUAAGUUAUCUCAGUUCAGGAAUAGCCAUAGGUGGUAAACCAGCUGUGGCGGGGCGCAUAGGUGCCGGGGGGGGGGGACACAAGCUCCCCCAGUAUUUCUGAUGGAAGGGCCAGGACCCCACAAAGUUCUGUGAUGACAUGCGUGCACACCAUGAGGCAUGCUUGCAUCACACACACAAGCCACGGGGUGCCCGCACCUUGGGGCAUGCGCGAGUGACACCAGCACACCAUGAGGCAUGUGCGCACACUACAAGCACGCCGUGGGGCAUGCUGAUGUCAUGGGGACCUGGUGUCCCUCAAUUAUGGGGGCAAGGUGGCAGCCCUGGCUGGGCAUGUGCACACCUUGCCUUCCUGGACAUCCAGUCUCGACUUAGAAUCAAGGAGCACUGCCUGCUCCAUAUCAGUGAGUGUGAAUCCCUCUAGAACAGGUUGCUUACCCUGUUCCUGGGCAUAGGAACCACCUCCCAUCUUGUCAGGAUUCAGCUUCAGUUUAUUGGUUCUCAUCCAGCCCUUACGGCUGCCAGACUUUGGGCUUCACCUGACUCAGAUGGUAUAAACAAAUAGAGCUGGGCGCCAUCCACAAAUGCCUAUCUUCUUACCCAGCAGUUUCAUAUGUGUUUAAAAAGUGUGGGGGAACAAGGUAGGUGCUUGAUGAUGAGUCAAAAAUUACUCUGCAGAUAGCAGAACCAUCACAGUACAGUGCUCCCCACUCUCAGUUUGUAGGGCUGCUCCAGGAAGAUACCAUGGUCUCUGGUAUCUAAAGCUGCUGAGAGAUCCAGGAGAACCAACAGGGAUCCACCUCCCCUGGUAUAGGGGCUGAUGAAGGGACUAAUCUGACUGAUCCCUUCAUGAUGGAUGAAGGAGCUGAUCUGGCUUGCUUUACCAAGACUAGGGUGAAUGAGCUGGGUGGGCCUGUCUGGGUACUUGGUACAGCACCAGACUGAGGCGAGUGUGUUGUUGUUGUCGUCCACAAAAGCAGAAUCUCCUUUUCCAGAAACCUUUUGAUCUUGGGAUGGGGUUCAAAGGUCUGCCCCUGGUGUUGGGCCAGAGAGACAGUAUGUUUAAAGGAGACAAAAAUACUAUUCUUGUGGUUUGUGCAUGCAUACUAUCCCUUCAAACACAUACUGAUGUAUUAUGUUUAUUUCUUUUCAAUAGAGGGGAGGUGGGAUUUCCAGUCCAAGAUGCUAAAUCACCAGAGUAAUGUUAAUACAAGCUUACUGCCGCAGGAGAAUGAGAGUGGUCUUGGGGAGCAAAAACAGCAGGGUGGUGAGGGUUAUGGUGCUGCUCACUGAGAGUGUAUGAGAAAAGGGGUUUUUUUUAGGCCAAGGCAGGCCAAAAACAUAAUGCAGUCCUCUAAGGUGAGUCCCCCACUCUCCUACUAGCUAAGAAAUUCUUUCUGUUUCCAACUCUUUCCUUGGAGAAGGAGUUUCAAGUUUGGGUGCAGGAAGAGGGUUGUGUGGGGAGGGCAGUCCUCACAGGUGUGAGUGUGAUGAGUGAUUUUGACUUGUCCGUGUUUCGCUUCUGCAUGUGGGAGUGGAUAGGUAGAAGAAUUCACAGAAGGCUAUGUAUGGCAGGUACAAGCAGCCAUAGGUGUUGGGGGAAUAAUGAAAAUUAAAUAGCUGUAGGGGUGUUUAUGAACUAGGUGAGUAAUAUUCAUAGAAGUUAAAUAUGGCCUGGAGUGAGCGGUGAUCUCACUUGCUCCCCUCCCCAUACACCUAGUGCCAGGAAGAGCCAACAGAAAUGAGUAAUUUCCCAGAUAAUAAAGGUGGCAAUUUACGUCAUGGGCUCUUCCUCAGCCAGGCUGCCCUGAGCAGGCUCUGUGGGUGCCUUGACUUGCUGUUUUAAUGUACUUUUCCCUGAGAGGGAAAGCUGAAUAUGUCUCCAGACUGACUUAAACUCUCCUUUUAUCCUGUUGGUUUUGCCUGUUCAGGAGCAACAAUAAUGGCAAAAUCUGGAUGCUAAGAUUGUCCGUUUCCAAAGGAACAGGCAGGAGUUUCCAGGGCACUUAGCUAUGUCAGCAGCAGACCUCUCUCCAAGCUAUUUCUGCUGCUCUGUCAGUCCAGCUAUAUAUCUGAUUUGGGGGGGGGGGGGUGUGCAAAGGCUGGCACUGAGAGCUGGAGUCUGCAAGUAACCCUUUCAGGCCUGGAAUUUCCUGAAAAGGCCUAUAAGAGCUGUAACCCAGAUCAUAAGAUCUUAUUUUUAUCUGGGCAGAGUCUCACUUUGCCAACUACCGUUUUCUUCUUCACACAUGGGUUGGAGGAAUAUGACAUUAAUUUUGGCAAGGAGACAGAGAAACAGCCAUGGUCCAAACUGUGGCAUUUCAAAGCUAGUUCCAGUGCAAUUCUCUGCAUUCAUGAGACUUCCCCAGAUCUGGCUUCCGGACAUAGCAUCAUCAGUCAGCAAUAUGUAUGACUGAUCUGUUCAGACAAAAUACUUUCAGGCACACAAAUGCAUGGCAGUCGGUGCUGAAAUAAUCCUGUGGAGAGAAAUCCUAGUUCCAAUUUCAUUUAUUUAUUUAGAUCUAUCCUUUAACCUUGUUUACACACUUUAUGGGCCAAUAUUGCUGAUAUGAUUAUCGUCCCAGCAUCCAAUAAAAAGGAAUGUGUUCUUAACAUAUUUAUAUCUUCGCUGUCUUCUGUACUGUACCUGCACCUGUUUAGUACAUUUUUAGAAUUAACAAUAAUUUCCCCGAUUCCAUGGCACCAGUCAGAUUGGUUCUGAGAGUGCUAUAAGAAAGCAUGUUUUAUUUUAUUAUGUUAUAGCAUUUAGAAACUGCUUAAUAUUUUUAAAAUCUCAAAGCAGUACGCAACUUAAAAACAACAUCAUUAAAACAAAAAUACAGCAUAUUUGUUCUGUGAACCUCCCUAAGAACUCCAGGUAUAGGGCAGUAUAUUAAUAAUAAUAAUAAUAAUAAUAAAAAUAAAAAUACCAGUGAAAUUGUAGUAUAAAAUGAAGAAUUAAGGCUAAUGAAGACAGGGUCAAAUAAGUUAGAGAAAGCCUGGGAAAAGGUCCACCUUUGUCUGAAGCGAAUGAUGGUUGCUGCUUCACAUACGGCAGAGAGAAGAAGCCCCAAGGCAACAUCAGAUGAAAGGUGUGUUCAUACAGAGGUUUCUUUCCUCAGUCGGCUAGAAUUGCUCAUUCUCAUUACAGUCCCCUUUUCACAUUCAUAAUAAUCAUAUGUUCACCUCCUACAUUACAAUUCUUGGAUGCUGCGUUUGUCUCCUCCAAAGUCCCUUUCAAGUAAUCUAAUAAAUCGGAAAGAUCACAACAGAUAUCUUUGUUUUCUAAUGUAUGUGCAAAGUUUUAUCUCCAGCGUUCCCUGUGUGGUGUUUCAUAGACUUUAUCUCAUGUCAGCUACCAUUGAUAAUUGUACCAUUAAAUCCAUAUCUCCCUCCCUGCUAGAGACACUCAGUUGCUCGAAAGGAGUAUGUUUGCUGGGCAGUGUGUCAAAAUGUCCUGGUGCAGUAAGGAUCUUUUGACACUGCAUCAGAAGCAUCACUGUGUUGCAGUGCAGAGCGACUGGAUUGUCAAAAGGGCAUAAGGAUAAGCGUCCAGCUUCCAGCUCAUCCCUUUCCCUCAGACUUUACAGCACUGCUCUUGCGCUGAAUGUGAUUCCCUUCUUAGUAAUUCCCUCUCAUGAAACCAGAUGCCGUGUCUUCUUCCAGCAACUCUUGGCCAAUGUUCCUAUCUCCAAACACACCCAACAAGCUGCAGCAGAAAUUGCAGAGUCAGCAAGGCUAGCCUGAGUGAAGGACCUUGUACCACUAGUGUCAAGUAUCAUGGGUGGAGGAAUAACUAUAUUACAAGCUCUUCAGGAACAGGGAGCCCUACCCCUCUCCAGAUCAUGAGAGCUUCGAGUCUUUUGUCUGUGGCACAUCAUGCAGAAUGCCCUCAAUCACCAUAUUGAGAUGGUUGCAUAAUGCCUCCAAAGAACUCUGUUGAUUCCUGUCACAAGUGUAUGAUCUCAUAAUCCCAGUCUCUCGUCAUCUGAAGUGUGUGUGUGUGUUGGGGGAGAAGCUGCUUCCUUUUCUGCUAGCCCCUCCUCUGGACAUGCAUUGGCAGAAAUGGUUGCUGUUCAGGCAGCUUGAAGCCUGUGCAGUUGCCACCGGGAGCCACGCAGAGGCAGAUGGGGACAUGGGCUCCUUUGCCCCAGCACAAGAGCAGCUUUCAAAGCUACGUUGGCAGCUAGUGGCAGCCUCUCUCUUUCGUUGGCUGCAGAAAGGACAAUCUCUUGGGACAGUGCAUCCCACUGCCCUCCCUUCUCUUCCUGCCUCUAUGUACUGCUUCAUGCAGGUCCCGGGGCAUUCCUUUCAUACUGCAAUCCAGCAGCACGCCGGGGAACCAAAAUGGCUAGGAAACAGUGCUUUAAGUCUCCAAGGCCUAGGAAGCUUCUAGCUGCAGGUUUAAUUUUAUUUUACAGGGAUAAUGGGAGGAGCAAAUGAAAGAUUCCAAAGGGCUGCAGAGGGAAGUUAGGCUUGGGCAAAUGCAGCUGAGGAAAUAAUUUAACAUAGAAAAAAUAAUAAUCUAAUUUCAGCAAAUUCAGCAAAAUGGGAACUGGGAGCAGCAAAUGAACAAGGGGACACAUGAAAUGGCUUUUAGAGAAAUUUGGGGGUGUUGUUCUGGAGUCCAUCAGAAGUUUGCUUUUACAUUCAUUGUUUUCAUUCAGAAAGUAUGCAUGCCUUUUGUUAACCAUCGGUGCAAGUAUGUUUCCUUGCCCCUGCCUCUCCCAUUGUACAUAUGGUAGUUUUCUUACUUGAAUCCAUUUAGAAAUGUUAUAUGCUGCCUUUCUACAAGCUUAGCGUUCAAGGUGCACCUUCCUUCUGCUUGGCCUGUGAGGACUGAGUGGCCCUGGGGGCCUGUUCAAGAUACCCUUUUGCAGGAGACAGUGCUUUUUAACUUAGCAGCAGAGGAAGAGCCUUCUCAGAAGCUGCUUCCUGUAACAUUCUCCUCCACUUCUGCCCUGGGAAAGCAAGGACCUCCCUGGUAGAGAGAUGGGCAGAGAGUUGGGUGGUACCAGGGCUGAAGCACGAGUGGGUGAGCCAAAGCAGCCUCUGGGAGUAGCUCCCUGAGAGACACAAAAGGGACUGAGGCAGCUAGAGAUGGGUUAGGGGACACAGCACAUGGCAGCGUCACUGGGCACAGGCUUUCCAGAAUCCUUUAAUUCAUGAUAGCCAAGGAAUUAUGAUAGUCAUAUUCAAAUAUCUGAAGGGCUGUCACAUGGAUGAUGGAACAAAAUUGUUUUCUACUUCUACCAGGGGAACUCAAACUGAUGUAUUCAGAUUACAAGAAAGGUAAUUUCAACUAAACAUAAGGAGAAACUUUCUCACAGUAAGAGCUGCCUCAACAGGUGGACUCUCCUUCAUUGGAGAUUUGUAAACAGAGGUUGGGUGGCCAUCUGUCAGGAAUUCUUUAGCUGUGAUUCCUGCAUUGCAGGGGGUUGGACUACAUGGCCCUUGGCUCCUUUCCAACUCUUCAAUUAUAGGAUUUUAUGCUUCAUAGGCUGUGCACCUUUAAAAAGCAUACACCCUUCUCAUAAAAGUGUGCUUUAAUGUCUGGUACUUCAGUGAAUGCCUUGCUCCAUGGCCUUAUCCAAUCAAUAAUAUUAUUUUUGAUAGGGACUCUUUAUGAAAUACAAUGGAUACACGGUUACUGCCAACCUGUGUCUCUUCUCCCACCCAGAAACUGAAUCUCCCUGGUAAAGUUUGGGGAGACAAAUGCACACUGAGAUGUCAUUGUGUUGAAUGUUUCCCCACCCCAUCCUGAUUAAUUGGCUACCGGAUUGAUAGCGAACAUGGUGCCUUCCAUGGUGUUGGGACUCCCAAGUCUCAUCAUUCAACUAACUUGGCUAAGAGAUAAUAGGAGUCAUCAUCCAGCAACCUCUGCAGAGCACCACCUUGACUCACUCUGGGCUGCUGCUUUGGAGGGGAUGGAGAAAUGCCAGGAGCUACGCUGUAGAAUGCAACUCAGCCCCUUGUGGCAGCAGUGUGUUAGAAUGCCUGAAAUUCUUUGACUAAUGGGAACAAUGGCUCAUCCACAUUUACGUUUGCCCUGCCACUUCCCCCUGGGAAAUCCUGUGAUUCAGCGCUGAAUCGGAACAAACAGCAGUCAGCUUUUCUGCAGAGUGCUGUUUGCUCUGAUUUAGCACUAAAGAGAGAGUUUUCCAGGGCAAAGGCAAAACUGCUUGGAAACAGAAUGAACAGUAGUGUGGAUGAGUCCCUGAGAGAAAGAGAGAGCAUUUGUGUGAUUUAGUCUCCCUGCAGCAGCGAAGCACAAGUGAAUGGUACCUGGAAAUGUGACAUUUUGCUUCUUUCUGACAAAGGCUUGGGGGUUACUUUCUCCCCCCGACCCCAGUCCCCAUGCCUUGCUCCAUCUCCUCUCCUUUUUCCCUUUUCUCUCAACUGCUUCAUUGUGGAUCUGAACUACAGUGGUUCUGGCAUCUGCGGCUGCAGCAGCAACAGAUGGAUUUAGCUGUUGAAUCCCUAUGAAUGCACACAGACAAUAGCUGGAGGGGGGAGGGGGAAGCAGCAGGGCCAUAGGCUGGAGUUGGGGGGGGGUUGAUGGGGCCCCCUUUGUGCCAUGCGCCGUUUACCCUUGCAGCUACAAGGCCGCUUUGUUCUUUUGCUCAGGACACUCUGAAUAACAACUCUCUGGGGAAAAAGCACAGUUGGCAGGAGCGAGUGUCCCGGUCGUCAUCCCCUCUGAAAACUGGUGAGUUCAUCUCUGUACAGCGACUGGUUCUCUUUCUAUCUUUUUCCUCCCCCUUUUUGCAUGAUGGUACAUUCUCUGGCGCUUGGACCUUCUCACUACAUCCUUCUAAUGUGUUUUCACUUUGGCCUGCAUCUUGAAACGGAUGCUAUAGUUUUAUUAAUUGACUGGUGGCACACGAGCCAUGGGGGGGUUGGGUUUGACUUUUCCUGCCUGCUCCCCUUCAGAGCAGGCUUAUUCUAAAAAUCCAAGACCAACUCACAAUGUGGCUCUUGUUACAUCAGCUCAAGACAAUCUGUGGCAGAAGAGCUAGUGUGAUAAGGUUGGGUGCAAGUGCUGGAAUUGGGUUCAAAAAGCCCCGUCAGACAAGGCACUCAAUAGAUGGUCUGAGAAAUUAACUCUCUCAGUCCAACUUUCCUCACAGCGUUGUGAAGUGAAAGCAACAUGAACAGCAUUCUGGAGUCCUUGAAGUAAGGGGAGAUAUCAAAUUAAUAACAACACUUGGGGAGGAAUCCAGUGUCCUGCUAAAACUAAGUUCUGUCAGUGAAAGCAUUUCUGCUUGCCCAGUGGAAUGAUCUGCCCCCUCAUCCUCCUCUACACUGUUCUGCUUGAUGGACAUACCAAUCUCUCCUUCUUCUGCUGAAUGCUGUUCUGAGGGUUCUCCCAACCCUCCUGAGCAGAUUUAGGGAACGUGGGGAGGAGAGUUCUGUUGCACUAGCAGGACACAUUGUGCUGGCAUCUGCUUGCACAAUAAUUUAGUUGAAUCCGGCCCUGAGGGCAAGAUUUAACUAAUGAGCCCUGCGAGCAGAAACCUGGGCAAGGACUUCCACUAGUGCAACAGAGCUUUCCUCCUUUCCCCACUCCCACAAAAUUGGCUGUGUGGAAGUCAGGAGAAAACCUCUGGAACCAGAGGUGUAGGAAGGUCAGGUGGUACUAGGUGCGGAAAGAUUCUCGUCACCCCCCACCUUUGAUUUUUUUUUUUUUUACCUGCAAAAAUGGUUUUACGUUAUUUCAUAUUUUCUUACAAAGGAAUAAUAAUAAGUAGUAAUAAUAAUAAUAAUAAUAAUAAAUCAAUUAAUUAACUUUUAUUUAUAUCCCACCCUCCCCGGCCGAAGUUGGGCUCAGGGUGGCUAACAUCAGAUACAUAACAUUGGUAUAAAAUCAAACAAUAAUUAAAUUACCUCCUAAAAACAUGUCAAAAUCAAAUUAAAGUCUAAUUAGAUGGCUUUUCAGGGUUAGGGUUGGGAACAGUAAGUGCUCCACUGAAUUGAAAUUUCAGCCUUCACAACAUAGAAAAACAGCCAAGUAAACAGCUAUUUUCGUGGAGGAGGGUCAAGAUAUUAACUGAUAUGCAUGAAAUUUCAUAUACAGUAUAGCUAUAUAAUCCCUAGUGUAGUAAGAUAAGACCUUUGGAGCAGGCAUUUUCAAAAAAAAAAAGUUUUUUAUGAACCGCCCUAGUAUGGCAGUAGUUGUUCCUUGAUAAUUUGUCACCCCCCUCCAUGAUGGAACCUGGGCGGCCCCCCAUUCCUACGCCCCUGUCUGGAACAGGACAUGGGAGGAGGAGAAAGCAGAUCUUCCAUCAGGCAAGCAGAAAGGCUUGUGCUGACAGAGCAAUCUGCUUAGUGUGCUACAUUUAUUUCCUUCCUCUCAUAAGAUCCUUGUGGUCCCUGGAAACUAGUUCCUUUCGUAUUUGUUCCAGUUUUGAACUUACUAAUUCCAAAGAUUGGCCAUUCGAGUUAGAAGGUUUUAUAACAACUUCGGGGUGUGAAUGGUAAUACUUAGGACUUGGUAUACCAACUCUGCUUAUUAUUGGCCCUGAAUAUUGUAAUGUCCCAGAGGCCCCACCAAGUGAAACAGCUCCUCUCAGCUCCUUAGAUUCAGUCCCUUGGGUGACUGGACUUCACAACAGCUGCAUUUGCCACCAUUCUGAAUUAAGAUGUGUUGAGAUGUACCCAGACACUGUUGCCCUCGUUCCUUUGGCUGACAUAAAUUCUCUAACCCCACCUUACCCACCCUUAGGUGAGCAGACCCCUCCCCAUGACCACGUUUGCCUGAGUGAUGAGGUCACUCACCAAAACAGCACAACCUCCACCAAAGAUCGGGGCACAUCCACGGAGAGCCCGUGCCGGCGUACGGCUGCUACACAGAUCGCUCCAGUGUGUGUUGCCUCGUCCCGGGCACCGGAGAAACAGCAGGUUGCCAACCGCCCCCCACCACAGAACCCCACCGUUGUAGUAGUGACACGGGGGCCAGAAGCUUAUCGGGACCGCAUUCGCUACCAGACAGAUGUGAGGCUGGAGGCUACUGAGGAGAUUUACCUCACACCAGUGCAAAAGAAUUCUGACCCUCUGGAGUCUGAGAAGCCAUUCAUGUCACAGUCCAGUGAUAACCGGAUGUCCAUCAGCUCUGACAUAGACACUUCCAGCUACCCACAACUGGCAGGAAAACCGAACACCUCAAUCAGCGAGGAGGAUGAAGUGCUGGACUACCUGUCCUCACCUGACAAAAUGAACGCACCAAGGACUGUGUAUGGCAGCAGCAGCAAUGGCGGCUACCGGCCCUGUCAUAGCCGCCAGAGGGCAUCCGUGAGCUCCGACACCAGUGCCCUCUCCUACGAUUCAGUCAAAUACACUCUUGUGGUAGACGAGGACGUGCAGCUGGAACUCGUAAGCCUGAAACAGUGUUACUCAGGUUACAGCGACGAGAGCGAUUCAGCCACUGUCUACGACAACUGUGUCUCCUCACCCUAUGAGUCAGCCAUUGGGGAGGAGUAUGAGGAGGACGCCCUGAAACGUGACUCUGUCUGUCUCUCUGAGGACUCCACCCCUGAGGCAGACAUCCAUUUCUCCAAGAAGUUCCUCAAUGUCUUCAUGAGCGGACGGUCUCGCUCCUCCAGUGAGUGCUGGGGAAAAUUCCAGUAUGGAGCGGGGGGUGGGGGGUGGAGGGACCUGCAAUUUCACAGCAUAUCAUAUCAGAUUUCACUUGCUCAGGCAUUAUAACCCAGUGCCGCGGCAGUGGGUACAAGGAAGUUGCUGGUCAAUACAAGAGACAGUUCCAUGAAAAACAAUCUUAUUAAGACCAAAGGUGACCUCAGAAGACCUUAGAGCAACUUGGAUGUGUAGUUCAAGAAAAUGUCAAAUAUGUUCAAGAGCAGCUUUUGCCAACUGGGUUUCCCUCCAGACACUUUAGACUAUGACUUGGUUGUGACAGCUUGGGGUGAUGGGAGCUAUAGUCCAAAACAUCUGGAGGGAACUGGAUUGGUGAAGGUUAGUUUACAGUCUCAUGCUGGUGUCUGAAUGGGUUGAGGAACAAAACCUCCCUAAACAUAAGUGUAUGGCCAUGACAUAAUACUUUCUCAGAACUCAAUAAAUCAAGAUUGUUUGGGGCAAAAUAUUGAAAGGAAUAUGACAUGGGUAUUGUUGCCACUCAUGUUUCUUUUGUCCCACUGUCACCUCUGGCCAGCAGGGUUUUAGAAACACUUCAACGCCCCCAAAAACCUGUUUACCAGAGAUGACAGGGAGAGGAGUAUACACACUUAUGGGGAACAAUCCAUUCCUCAUAUCACUGCCAAAACUGAAGGAAAAGAAGUAUGUUUCCAGUCCUUUUAUCUGCUCCAUAAGAAGCUACCAGCUCAGCCAAUUGGUUGUUUUCAUGCAGAUGCCCAUUAAGAGGCCAAAAUAUUCUAGACCUUUUUGACUGGCUUUUUCUCUAGUGGAUUCCUGCAGGAAAUCCUUGGGCUACUGUCACAUGUUGUUGCCUCCAUUUUAUCUUACAUUAUAUUGAAUUGAGGUUUACAUUAUGUUGAGUUUUGGAACCCAUAAAUUUCUGUCACAUUUGCAGGAAGUGUGGUGAGGCUGGCAGGGUAAAGCUUUGGCUAACUUUAUUGAGAGCACAACACCAUGUUGUUCUCCCAACUGGAUAUGCUGUGAAAUAGUGGCUCCUAUCAGAACUUACAACAAUGAAACACACCCACCCAGAAUGUUAUCAUUGGUCAGGUUAUUCCUCUCUGUAACGCAUUGUCCCAUUGAGGGUGCCUACAUGAGAGCAGCUACUCAUGCAUAGAAUUCCCACUCCUCACAGAGAAUCUUUGCCCACCAAUUGAAAUUAGGAAGCUGUGCAGUUAAGAUGAUUGUUGGGCACUUCUGAUUUGGCAAAACAGGUUCCAGAAAACAGUUGAUUUCAUUGCUUGAAGAUGAGAGUUAUUAGGUGGCUAUAGUAUUUUCCCCCACUUCAUUUCCAGGUGCUGAAUCAUUUGGUCUCUUCUCUUGUAUUAUCAAUGGGGAGGAGCAAGAGCAGACACACCGAGCAGUCUUCAGGUGAGUGCAGAUAAAACCUUUUGCCCCAGAAUCCUCCCAUCCACCCAAACAGUGGUGUUUUCCAACCUGUGACCACCUGAAUUGCAGAGAUGUCAUCUAAGGCAUAAGGUGUCUUCAGUGGCCUUGAUCUAUGGAUCUCAGUUUGUGGUACAGAUAGAAAAACAUGCUUGGAACUGGGUUAUCACCCAUGGAAGGUUUUCAAUUCAACAUCCAGGGUUGCCUAUAUUGGACGUUGGUUGUGAGGAUUUGUUAAGCUAGGGGAGAAAUUGUUUUUCAGACCUUAUGUAUGCAAAUAACAUAUCCCUUGGUUUAUAGGGUGCAAAAGAGUUGCCAAAAGCACACAAAACUCCAUUCGUAAUGUUAGGCUUUGAAAAUUACUGGACCAAUACCCAAAAUCCAUUAUGCCUGGCUGAGUCACCAAGAAGUCUUCCUCACAGUGGCCCUCACCAUUGCAAAGCUGAAUCCAGAGAAUAAACACAGCUCCUCUAACAUUCAUUCCCUUGGUUCUAUCAAAGGUUUGAUUAUUCCUUAGAUUUAUUGAGCCUUUCUCACCAAUAGCUCCAACCAGGCAUAAACCAAAAGAAAAGUUUGAUGAUUCUUGAAAUAUUCUAGGUUGGUAGUUUGUAACGACCCUUCCCUUAACUUGUGGUUCUUGGCAUGGGCUAUUUGUUCCAGAAACAUGGCCUGUAUGUGAAGCUUUCACAUACAUGAGGUAGCUGCUUAGCAACAAGAUGGAGUUCUAGCCUUGUUCUGUACCCUAGGAUUGUGUGGCUAGCCUAGGAUACUGCCGGCUAACAUUGCACAUUCAUCGUGGCGUCUUCAGUGGGGUAGCAGCUGAGGAACAGCAUAUGGCAGUUUGAAGUAGAUACUUUUGCGGGGGGAGGGAGUUAACUAUGGAGAAGUAGUUCCUUCUGUCUUCCAUGAGCAGCUCCUCUGAGGUGGCACCACUCAUGUGAGAAGUUAUUUGCUAAGCCAAGCCUAGAGAAAUAACAUCUGUGCCAACAUGCAGGCACUUUUCGUCUGGUUUUGACCCCAAUACAUCAUUUUUUGUGGGUCUCUUUCUUGAACCUUAUGAUGGGGUUGUAUCUUCAGAGCUUUAGUUAGCUAAGUCACAUGGUUUUCUCCUCAGGUUUGUGCCUCGUCAUGAAGAUGAACUGGAAUUGGAGGUCGAUGACCCUCUGCUGGUGGAGGUUCAGGCAGAAGACUAUUGGUAUGAGGCUUAUAAUAUGAGGACAGGGGACCGGGGCAUCUUCCCUGCUUACUACGCAAUUGAGGUCACCAAGGAUCCAGAUCAUAUGACAGGUACUCAACCCAUCAAUGGCUCUGCUACUCACACAUAUCUGGCCACUUGUACCCAUUCCUGCUCUGUGCUUGUGCACUUCAGUCCUGGCUCAGAGCUGUCUUGUAAACCAGGACUUUUCCUGAGAAAAUGCUGACAUUUCAGACACUCUUCAAAGUGGAAGGGGAAAGGACAAAGCUGGUGUACAAAUUAUCUCUCAUAUGAAGGAGUGUAGAUGUUCACGACUUGUGUCCCAUCCCUGACAGCUAUGUCAGUAGUUAGAGCAACCAGAAGUCUGUUCCCUCCUAACUUUACGUCAUGUAGGAUAUCUAUGUGAAUUGGAUUCUUCUCAUUGGACUUCUGAUUUUCAGAUUCAAGCAAGAGUAGCGAUUGGGUGGACCAGUACCGGGUGAAGUUUCUCGGCUCAGUCCAGGUUCCAUAUCAUAAAGGCAAUGAUGUGCUGUGCGCAGCUAUGCAGAAGGUACUGUCCCUGCCCAUGGGAACCCUGUCCGGUGGGAAAAGCCAUGGUUUUCCCAUGGAACAUUUUCUUUGGGGGGAGGGAAAAUGUGAUGUUAUUUUGUUUAGAAAAUGUACAUUGUGCCUUUCAAUGCAACUAUUGAAAAUACAACUAUUCUCAAAGCAGAGAAGAUCAAACCAACAUACGAUUAAAAUGCCAAGAAAACUAUCGGAAGGUGGUGUGUGGGUGUGUUAAGUUACCAAAGUUACCAAAUUGGCACAUUAACCAUAAAAAGCUUCUUGGGUAAAUAAACUUGCUUUUAGUGCCUACUUAAAAAGGCAAAGUCCUGAAUUCGGAAGAUCUCUGUAGGCAAUUGGUUCUGCAGUCUGUGGGCCUCCAGCCAGAAAGCACUUUUGUGGUGGCUACCAAUUCAAUAGAAAAUAGAACCACCAGGAGAUUAGCUGCAUUGUAUCUUUAGGGAGGACAAUAUACAUAUGCAGAUAGUCCCCGUAGAUAUUCCAGGCCCAGGCUGUGAGUGACAUUAAGAUGUCCAUACCAGCAUCUUGGCCUGGAACCAGCUGGCAGCCGUUGGAGCUCACAUAGGAUUGGUAUCUGCUCCCCAUGGCUGUUGGUAGAAAUCAGUCUGGUGUUUGCAUUCUAGACCAGUUGCAGCUUCUGAAUAACUUCAGGAGCAGCCAUGUGGAGAGUAUGUUGCAGCUGUCUAGGUGGGAGGGUACCAUGGCAUGGCACCACAGUGACGAGAUCUCUGUCUUCUAGGAAGGGGUGUAGUUGGCAGAUUGGUGGCAGCUGAUAAAACAUACACUUAGCCACUGCUUUGGACAUAGAGUCCAGGAAGAGGCCUAAAUUAAAGAGGCACACACUCCACUUUGCAAACCUGCUCUUUCUGGGGUAACCACAUUCUGAAUAGGCUUUAUGUCUUUCUGGGGUAACUUCAUUCUGAAUAGGCUUUUUGUCACUCUGCUGGCAUUUACGCUGCCCACUACAUGCAAGUCCAUCCUGAAUGGAUAAAGCUUCCAUUGGUUCACCCUCAGCCUGCAACAUCUGAAAGUUAUGUGUGCUUUCUGGAACCUUUCCUCAAGAUUCCUUGAUAAUGCCAUACUAGUUCAGAUGGAAGUGGAGGAACGAGAGCUAAAACAUAGAAGGAAUUAAGCAGUGGGCAAGUUUGAAAACACACUCCUCAUCAUUUGUUGCUGUUGUUCUCUUCCUCCCUAAGGAGCCCAGAGCAGCUUGCAACAAUAAAACCACAUCAUAAAACAACAGAAUCAGUGUAAAAUAAUGUAUCAAUUAAAAAAGUUGAAAUACCGAACACCAUAUCUAAUGCAGCAGAGAAGAUUAAUGAGUCAUCCAUACGCUCUUCACCAAAGGCAUGAAUAAGCCGGUGUGCUUCUAACUGUCGGAGAAAGGAUGUCAGUGUUGGGGACAAGUGCAAUAACUUGAUUGAGUAGGAAUUCCAGAACUGAGGUGCAGCCACAGAGAAGGUCCUGCUCAUUUCAUAGCCAGUCAAGCCAUGCUCAUUGGCAGAACCAUGAGCAGGGCCUCCUCCACAACACUUAAAGCACUAUCCAGGUGGUAUUGGCGAGCGCACUCCUGCACUCCACCAAAAGCUAUCAUGGGUUAUAAAUAUUAACACACUUAGUAUAGUGUGGUGUAGUGGUUAAGAGUGGUAGACUCAUAAUCUGAUGAACCAGGUUCGUGUCUCCGCUCUUCCACAUGCAGCUGCUGGGUGACCUUGGGCUAGUCACACUUCUUUGAAGUCUCUCAGCUCCACUCACCUCACAGAGUGUUUGUUGUGGGGGAGGAAGGGAAAGGAGAAUGUUAGCCGCUUGAGACACCUUCGGGUAGUGAUAAAGCGGGAUAUCAAAUCCAAACUCCUCCUAUUCUUCUUCUUCUUGUUGUUUCCCAGCUAAGCUUCAAAAAAAGCAGUUCUCUUAGUAUUUGAUGUGGGAAAGAUACCUGUGGAGGUUGCUUAUUGACCAAUGCCAGUGAUGUCACCGAUGCCCCUCCUUAUUCGCCGUCCAUAUAGCAGUUCUGCAACUGAUGUUAAUACUUUGCAAUUUUUAAAUAAUGUGAAGAAUGAAUUUAACAUAUAUUAAUGUGGAGUGUGGGUGUGUAUGUAUAUGUAUAUGUAUGCCUAUAUAUACAGCAAUCUUGGGACAUGUCUAUCUUCAACCCUUCUCUCCUCCCACUCCCCAAACAGAUCACCCAUCUUCUGGUUUCAGGUACUUUGAAGUCAAUGUUUCUUGAAACUGCCAACCUGGGAGGAGGAAUGGGGACCCUAGUUUUAUAUUAAAUGGGGGGGGGGGCGAUAUUUUCCGUGAGAAGAGCAGUGUCACCAGAAACUCCAGAUAGUUUGUGUGACAGCUGGUACACAUUUUCUGUUUUGGCACAGAUUGCCACUACUCGCCGCCUCACCGUGCACUUUAACCCGCCCUCCAGCUGCGUCCUGGAGAUCAGCAUGAGAGGAGUCAAGAUUGCUGUGAAAGGCGAUGACUCUAAGGAUCCCAGCAAGGUAGGCUUGACCACAUGUGUAGCUCUGCUGCCAGCACUGUUCCUGGGUUCUGUGCUCUCUGUCCCUCAUUAUUAUUACAUCUUCCAGCAGCAGCUCAGUGCUACCCCUUGGCCAAUAAACAAAAGAGAGCAUGCAAAUGAGAGCGAUUUGCAUAUGUCCUGGCUGGCGGUGCCUCCUGUCUUUUCCUGAAGGAGUCUAUUGGGGAUUGGAUAACAGGGCAGAGUCAUAUUCAUGCCCUGAAGUCCAGAUGCAAAAGUACAUGCUUCCCAGGCUGUAGGUAUAUUAAUGCACUGGAAGGUCUGUUUGCUAAGCUGCUCCGAUAAUCUACGAAGCAUUGCUAGUAGCGUCUGCUACUAUUUUAACCAGUGUCCUGUGGAUCUGUGCAGUAAAGCCUCUCUGCAUAAGUAGCUCACAUGGAGCUUUCAAGAGGAAGGAGCAAAGCCAUUCAGAAAGUGCAUUCUGUUCACAAUGGAAAUGCCCUACUAGAGUCAAUCAAGGGCAGUGGACCUGAAAGCAGAAAGACUGAGAGAAAUAUAUAUGAUAGCGUGUUAAUUAAUUAUCUGAGCUUGGGCUGUGUUUAAUCAACACAGCUGGCUUCAAUUUAUUUUGCUUGAACAAAACUUGUUUGAAUGUAUUACUAUUUUUCAAAUGUGUGUAACCAACUGUCCCAUUAUUAUAUAAUGUUUCGUGCACUAACACUAAAGUAGAAUCCAUUCAAUUCUACCUCAUGAAAUGAUUGUAACAGAACCAAGACCUUUCAUUUAUUGAAGGUUAAAUGACACACAAUGUGAAGGCUGGGACGUUUCGUAGCUGGUACAAGAAUAUUGCUUGACUCUGAUACUGCUGCAGCCUUCCUAUAAUCCUGAACCUGAAAUCCCCGCUUUCGUAUUCCUGCAUAAGACCCUUUAGGAGAGAGUAAGAAGCUUAUGAUCUGGAACUAGUGAUGCCAACAGGGUUUUCUGGACCCAGGACACUUGUAUGUGGAUUAGACCCUCUGCCCCACUCACAAAAGAGGAUACAGAUUUGCAUAUGCUUUGUGUCAUACGGAAAUUUAUAUAAUCUUUUGUGAGUGGGAUGAAGAGCCCAAAAAUAGAUAAGGAGCUGCACAUCAGUAAUAAUAUGUCUGAGAGGCAGAAUGUCAGCGGGGGAAGCUUGCUCUGUAUUUAUGUUUCCAUACUAGAAAAGGUUUAACCUGUUAAAUAUCUGCCUGCCACACAGCUGUUAAAGGCACAAGGGCACGGCUGUCCUCCAGUGCCAACCCUAAACCGUGCAAAAAACUCCUGUUCCCUGAGUUGUUAACCUGUUACGUUACGCUUCAUCAAUUGAUCUUAGGUUGGCAUUACUGUAUUCAUUUCAAGACCAGACACGAUAUUUCAGAUGGUAGGGGAGGGUGUGUACCAAAAGUGGCAUAAGAAAUACAGCGACUGAGGUUUAAAUGCUCAUGGCUGGAUGAAUUCAAGAUUGAAUGCAGUGUAUUCUAGCAGCAUUUGCUGUGGUUAGUUAUUGUUUUUAUUCCUUAACAACUAGAACAGUGUUAUUAGCACAGGACAAACAGACACCCUUUUCUUUUUCUUGACCAACAGUAAGUAACUGUUGAUUAUCAUACUGGGAACAAGAAGCUGCUUCCAAUAAUUCCCCUAUUUUCCCCACCCUUUGGUUGAAAAAGCAAUCAGUUCAGUUGACAAUCCACUUAAUGACACCCUCAACUGCAUUUCCCUAAGAAGAAACCAACGCACCAAGGGGCUAUUCAGCCCCUCCCUGACAGGCCUGAAUAUAGCAAGCUAGGGCUACUUUGCAGGGUUGAUGUAACCCACAUAGCUCUCUCAGUUGCAGUACCCCCCUGUGAUAUGUAUUUUGCAUUAGCAGGAUUUUUUAAAAAAUAAAAUCACAUAAUAUUGGAAAAAGCUCUUUUCUUGCAUGAAAUUAAUUCUGAGUUAGAAAGAGCAGGAAUUACUUACUGUCCUAGCUGCUAAUUUUGCUUUUGGGUAGACAUGCUACUGCCCAAUUACAGCUACACUAAAAUCCUGGAUUUUUCAGUUAUUGUUUCUGGUCAACAAUCCCAUUUCUACCAGGGAAAGCCAAAGGAAGAGAAAAGCUUUUAAAAGAACCUGGAAGAUCCUUCAGAAUGAAUCAGGCAGUUCUUUCUCCAUCUAGAAAAAAAAUCACACAUACAGCAAGGAAGACAGUAAAAUGGCUUAAAACUGAACCAGGCUGAUGCUUUUCUCAAGUGUUUGGAGAAAGGACUUCCUUGGUCAUUUUGGAGCUGUUUUUGGGUCUCCUCUGAUGUGUGUGUAACAUAGCACCUGUCAAUCACAGCUGCGACUUCACUCAUUGACUAAAAUUGCUAAAAGAUGGGAAUAGGCUCAUAUCACACAAAAUAGUCUAUUCACAUUUUUCUUCCUAACUUUCGUUCUACAAGGGCUAAGGAUCUAAGUAAUUUAAAAUGGACAGAUCAGGAGUCUGGGGGCCCUACUCUGAGGCCAGUAUAGCAAGACUCCCGUAACUUGAUUUUCCUUCUCAUCAGCCCUGACUGGAAUUUCCCCUGUGCUUCCUACCAUACAAGCUUUUGCAGUGCAUAGAUAAACUGUUGUGAGUUACACAAUGGGAUAUCCUUCCCCCAAAACACAGCAUGAGGUCCUUUUAAUUUGUGACAUGGAUCUCCCAAGGGUGAGGGAUCCGAACACAUUUUACUUUCCCUUUCCUUCAAUAAAUGGCUCUGGUUCCUCAACGGUCCUAACUCUUACCCAAGCCUAACAUCUUGCUCUCUCCGUCCUGCAGGGGAAUAAAUGUAGCCACUUUUUCCAGUUGAAGAACAUUUCAUUCUGUGGAUACCACCCAAAGAACAACAAGUAAGUCCCUGCGGAUGGUCAAAAUGAAUUCAUGGCAAAGGAGACACACAGCUCUUCCUCCUUGCACUAUCCUGCAGUGUAUCCUAGGCAAUUUGGGGCUUUGAAGUGUAACUUGUUGUAUAGGAAGUUCCUGUGUGGCAAUCUUCUUAAUCCCUACUAAACAAUAUGCUUGAUAAAGGUGGGAUGGGCAUAUAACAGCAUUGUGAUCUUGUUAAUCAGACUGUAUCACCUACACUUAUCCUCCAUUUGGUACCAACAUAGAUAGACAGAAGCCAGAAGACCACUGUGAAUUUGGCGGGGUGUGUGCCCAUCAUUUGUUGGGGGUGGGGGGUUGGCUUCUCAAUCAAGCUUUAUUUUUAGAGAUCCAGGUGAGCUCUGUUGUCUCGGCUGCCGUUUACCAGCUUUGUCUGGUACGCAAAUUGCACAGGAAGAAAUGUAUUCAUCCCACUUCCUGCUUUUGCCCACACACGCAAAGCAAAACCAACGGCUUUCUCUUCAGGGAGGUAUAUUUUGUAACUGCAGGAAGAAUAGAACCAAUAGGUCUUGUUAUUUUGGUAGAGAAUUCAUUCCUAGCCUAGGAUACCAGAAGCCCAACCUUUAGCCCAAGCUCAUGUAUUGUGUUUUCUCUUUCAGGUAUUUUGGGUUCAUCACCAAGCACCCAGCUGACCACAGAUUUGCGUGCCAUGUCUUUGUUGCAGAGGAGUCCACCAAACCACUUGCAGAGUCUGUAGGGUGAGUUUUAGGCUACAUCCUGAAAAUUCCAACUAUUUACAAAGAUCCCAGUCUACCUGGAUCUAAGAGAGGGGUGUGUCGGUUGCAGAUGAGUACUGGAGAUGUCAGCAGAAGCAUAAGUGGCCAGGGAUCAGCCACUUUUCACCCAGCUCCCAACCCCCUAGACAGCUCAGAAGGAUACCAUGGUCAACGGUAUCAAAAGUUGCUGAGAGAUCCAGCAGAACCAGGAAACAGCUUUGACCUCUGUCUCUAGCCCACCAGAGGUCAUCAACCAGUGCAACCAAGGUGGUUUGAAUCUCGUGAUGGGGCCUGAAUCCCAACUGGAAGGGAUCCAAAUGGUCCACAUCCUCCAGAUGUGCCUGGAAUUGUUCAGUGACUACCCGCUCAAUCACCUUGCCCAGGAAUGGAAGAUCUGAGACUGGGCGAUAAUUGGCCAUAAUGGCCGGGUCCAUAGAUGGAUUUAAAGGAGUGAUUUAAUGACACCUUCUUUAAGGGGGUCCAGGAAAACUCUCUCACUGAGAGAAGCAUUCACCACCCCACAGAGCCCAUUGCCCAGCCCUGCCCGGCUCACUUUGAUGAGCCAGGAUGGGCCAGGAUCAAGGAGACAGGUGGUAGGUUUCACUCAUCCAAGCAGUCUGUCCACAUCAUUGGAGGUAACAGAUUGGAAUUGAUCCCAUACAACCUGACUAAGCAGAGCUUUGGCACUCUCCCGUCCCAGCUCUGCUCCCAUGAUGGAAUCUACCUCUUUCCGAAUCUGAGCGAUUUUAUCUGCAAAAAGCUUUCCAAAAUUGUUGCAGGAGAUAUUGGAGUCCUUAUCAGACCCCAAUGACAAAGGUGGUUCUGUUAGACUACAAACCACCUGAAAGAGUCUUCUGGUACCGUUUUCUGCAGAUGCAGUAGAGGCAGCGAAUAAGGUCCUCUUGGUAGGCUCAGUGUUGAGCUCUAACUUGUUGCUUUGCCUGUUCUGUGGAAGAAUCCCAGCUCCCAACUGACAUUCCAUUUCAUGUUUUCUUUUUGCAGGAGAGCCUUCCAUCAGUUCUACAAGGAAUGUGUGGAAUAUACGUGCCCCACAGAGGACAUCUACCUAGAGUAG